UUUCUUUUCACUAAACGAGAAUCUCUGCGAUCUCUCUCUCUCUCUCGAUCUGUUUUUCUCUCUCUCCCUGUCUCUCUGUGAUUUGAUCUCUCUCUUGAUCUCUUUCUCUGUCUCUCUGUGAUUUUGAUAAACGGAAAGUGAAGAUGCUAGCAGUUUUUGAAAAAUCGGUGGCCAAAUGCCCGCAAGAACUGAAAAGCCCCCUCUCUGAUGAAACCGCUGUGAACAAUGGCCAUGUUUUAAUCGAUCACUUCUCUUCCAAUGUACCAGGAAGUGUGUGUAUAAAGCUUGGAGUUGCAGGUUCAAUGGUUUACACAGCGGACAAACAAAACCCACUUCUCCCAAGAUUAUUUGCUGUGGUGGAUGAUAUGUUUUGCUUGUUUCAUGGGCACAUUGAGAACAUUGCUAUAUUGAAGCAACAGUAUGGUCUGAGCAAGACAGCAAACGAAGUGAGCAUUGUUGUUGAGGCUUAUAGGACUCUUAGAGACAGGGGACCUUACCCUCCUGAUCAGGUUGUGAGAGAUCUCCAUGGAAAAUUUGGGUUCAUUCUCUUUGAUGCCUCUACUCAAAAUAUCUUCAUAGCAACGGAUUCUGAUGGUAGUGUUCCAUUUUACUGGGGCACUGAUAAUGAAGGCCAUCUCGUUCUUUCAGAUGACUCAGAGGUCAUGAAGAAGGGUUGUGGAAAAUCAUUUGCUCCAUUUCCGAAAGGCUGCUUCUUCACAACCUCUGGUGGAUUAAGGAGUUUUGAGCAUCCAUUAAGUGAGGUGAAGCCAAUGCCGAGAGUUGAUAGCCAAGGCCAGGUAUGUGGGGCAACCUUUAAGGUGGAUGCAGGGACUAAGAAGGACACGGGCAUGCCUCGGGUUGGUAGCGCAGCAAAUUGGUCCUCACAUAUCUGAUCUCUCUCUCUCUCAAAAAUUGCAUCUUUGAGUUAUUCAUGUUUUUUAUGAUGGUUUUCUCCAUAUUAUACAGGGGAGCCUCGCGACCUUAUUAACUGUGAACUCUUCUGUUCUAUGUGAACUUUAUUUGUAUGAACAUGCCAAUGAUGUGCUUUGGAUUUAGCUUUUUAAGGGCUACAAAAGGGCCCCUAUGCAACUGGAUUUAGCUUGAUAAGGAAUAACUUUAUGCU